UCAAAACUCACUCUGCUAGGAACAGUCUUCUGUGGGAAUGUGCUGAUUUGGCCUACAGAGGGCAGCCACUGGUUAAAUAUUAAGAUCAUUAUACAGGAGCUGAUACGCCGAGAGCACAAUGUCACCGUCCUAGUGUCAAACGCUUCCCUCUUCAUGACAUCGCAUGAUGAGACAGCAGAGAAGUUUGAGGUGUACUUUGUGCCUUUCGGAAAAAACCACCUUGACUCCUUGAUCAAAGACAUAGUGAACUUGUGGCUGUAUAAUAAGCCAACAGCACUGACCUUCUGGAAGUUCUACAAGGAACUGGAAAAGGUGGUCAACAAAAUGAAUGAGGUAAAUAGACAUUCGUGUGAUGGCGUGUUAGCCAGCCAGGAUUUGAUGGCUCGGCUGCAGAGGGGCAAGUAUGAUGUGCUUCUGUCUGAUCCGGUGUGGUGUGUCUGUGGUGACCUAAUUGCUCUCAAGCUCAGAAUUCCAUUUGUGUACUCUCUGCGGUUCACACCAGCCUCGACUGUGGAGCGGCAUUGUGGGAAGAUGCCCGCUCCACCUUCGUACGUGCCUGCAGCCUUGUCUGAACUCACAGACAAGUUGUCGUUCCGCGAAAGAAUAAAAAACAUAGUGUCUUACCGCCUCCAGGACUACGUUUUUCAGAGUUAUUGGGGAGAAUGGGAUUUGUACUACAGUGAAAUUCUAGAGGGCAGCCACUGGUUAAAUAUUAAGAUCAUUAUACAGGAGCUGAUACGCCGAGAGCACAAUGUCACCGUCCUAGUGUCAAACGCUUCCCUCUUCAUGACAUCGCAUGAUGAGACAGCAGAGAAGUUUGAGGUGUACUUUGUGCCUUUCGGAAAAAACCACCUUGACUCCUUGAUCAAAGACAUAGUGAACUUGUGGCUGUAUAAUAAGCCAACAGCACUGACCUUCUGGAAGUUCUACAAGGAACUGGAAAAGGUGGUCAACAAAAUGAAUGAGGUAAAUAGACAUUCGUGUGAUGGCGUGUUAGCCAGCCAGGAUUUGAUGGCUCGGCUGCAGAGGGGCAAGUAUGAUGUGCUUCUGUCUGAUCCGGUGUGUCUCUGUGGAGACCUAAUUGCUCUCAAGCUCAGAAUUCCAUUUGUGUACUCUCUGCGGUUCACACCAGCCUCGACUGUGGAGCGGCAUUGUGGGAAGAUGCCCUCUCCACCUUCGUACGUGCCUGCAGCCUUGUCUGAACUCACAGACAAGUUGUCGUUCCGCGAAAGAAUAAAAAACAUAGUGUCUUACCGCCUCCAGGACUACGUUUUUCAGAGUUAUUGGGGAGAAUGGGAUUUGUACUACAGUGAAAUUCUAGGUAAGCAUUUAACUCUUUCAGUCCUAUUCUCACUGUUAUUGGAGAAUCUUGAAUUCUCAUCCAAAAAUCUGUCAGAAGAAUGUUCAUGUUGCAAAGACAAAUUCUCAUUAGGAGGAGCCGGAUUUAAACUUGCCCCAUGCAACAUCAGCCCAAUUGCACUAUGCAACGGCAUGUUCCUCACUGAACUUUGA